AUGACAGACGUUCCCAAGUUGGCACUAAAAGGAUCGUCCAAGGUGGUUGCAGACUACUUUGAGUUCGCCAUAAACAGCAUCUUGUUCCAGCGGGGUAUAUAUCCUCCAGAGGACUUCAAAACUGUCCGCAAAUACGAUUUACCAUUAUUGAUAACUGCUGACGAUGAGGUCCAAGACUAUAUAAACAAGAUUAUGACCCAUGUGAAAAAAUGGCUAUAUGGCAAGAAACUCUUGAAAUUGGUGGUUGUUCUCGUAGCCAAGUCCACGGCGGACGUAGUUGAAAGAUGGGAAUUCAAUCUUCAAAUUCUCGAGUCUGAAAAUGUGAAAGUUAGUAAACCCAAAGAAGACAUACUGAAGGAAAUACAGGCAAUUAUACGUCAAAUUACUACCCUGGUUUCAUAUCUCCCGGUGUUGAAGAAUGACGAUUAUACAUUCAAUGUGCUAGUCUACACUGAUCCCAAUCAUGAUACCAGAACCAUUCCAAGAGAGUGGUGCGACACCGAAGGAGAUGGACGUUACGUUCUUGGCGACAGCGUUGAGUCUGUCAAAUUCAAGUCAUUUAGCACCGAUAUUCACCAAGUAGGUACCCUGGUGAGCUAUAAGUUACAGGACAGUUGA